AUGUCUGGGAUGGGAAGCUAUCGUUCUCCCGCAGCAGCUCCUGCUGGGGCUGCUGCCGGUGGUCUUACUCAGGGUGUGAAAGUCAAUGUCGGGUUUUUGGAGCGGACUCCAGAUCCAAUCAAGGUGUUCACAGCACGAGAUCUCCAAGGUGUCCAGCAAACCGAUCUGUUUGCUGGUUUCAUCAUUUCCAUGCGUGUUCCGGAUAUCCGGGAUUUGCUUGGUCAUGGUGAUGACAAACCAAAUCCACAUCACUUUAAAGCCAAGCUUAUUUCGAUGGGAAGCACGACGACAGGUGCCAAAGUCGGCAUCACGGCACCUGCUCUUGAUUGGCAUUUCUCCGGAAAAGACGAUGACCUUGCGAAGGCUGUAUUGAUUGGCGCUGAUGACCAAGGCAUCCAUAAUGCACUCGAUACAGUGUAUCACAAAAUGAGCAACGAUCCUCAGAGGAGUGGCAAUAUGAAGACCAUUAUUGUGGAGUUUCCAGCUGGCUACACGCUCUCAUCCGAAGCUUUGUUGUGUAACAAAGACACACCCGAUCCCAAGGUCGACAUGGAGCUUGAGGUUCUCCCUGUCUUCGUUGACUGUGAUGGGAUUGCGCCUCCAGACGAUACGUGGGAACAAGGUCAAGACAGCAAUGGGCAGAAAUGUAUGAUCUGCACGAAAACGGUCUACAAGUUCCCAGCUUUUCGUUUGCAGUGGCGCGUUGCUAUUCAAGAAGAGGUAUCCAAGCGUGGCCGGGGGGAAAAGAAAAAGCAAGCAAAUCAAACUGCUGGACAAGCUGCUUUCUUGAAGUCGAUGAGCAGGAUGAAAACCGGACCUCCAGAUCCUCCUUUCGUAGUAUCCGCAGUAGCAGGAUCGACACCAGUGCCAGCUCCUGUGCCAGCGCCAUCUCUCCCAAAUUAUGACGACGACAAAAUCAACAACAUCGUCGGCAUGGGUUAUGACAAGGGAUUGGUUGUGAAGGCACUCCAUGCAGCCAGUGGAAACGCUGACAAAGCCCUGGAUUUUCUAUCAUCCGGAAUUGUUGAAAAUGAUUCAGCAUUUGUUGAUGAAGCCAUUGAUAGCAUGAAAGCAUUGAUUGAUGAGGGGACCACUACCAUUGACGCAAUGAUGAACGAUGAAUCACAACUAAAGAAACGUUCGAUCAAUGACUCCUCCUCCGAACGUGGGGAUUACUAA